GGAGUACUGUCUAAAAUGAUGAAUGGAAGCAUCCAAGAUAAUGCAGCUGCUGUAAGAAACAAAGGUGGCUCGGAGUCUGACAUCUCUGAUCUUCAGGUUCCCUCCAUCAGCACCACUUCCUCCAGCUGGUCAUGGGAUCAUGAGGAGGAGAGGCGGCGACAGGAGAAAUGGCAGAUGGAACAAGAGCGCCUCCUUCAGGAAAAGUAUCGACGUGAUCAGGAAAAGCUAGAGGAGGAGUGGAGGAGAGCUCAGCAGGAAGUCUAUGGAGAAGAGUACUGUGGUCUUGAGGAGCAGAAAACCCUUGACGUGCUGUCCAAUGGAAACCCUGCCCCUCAUAAUUCACCUCCCUUCUACAACCAGUCGAGUGCCACCUUUUCAGUGACGUUUAAUGAGAAUGUGGCAGCAGCACAGAACAGACAGGCCUGUGUGCAAACAGCAGCAGGACACCAGUCAAUAAAAGCAGAAGACAAGUGUGAUUCACCCACAAAGACUCUGUGCUCAGAGGAGUCCUAUGGGUUUGCCAAGCUUACCGUUUCCGACAGGACAAAGUCAAAAUCUACUCCUGCACUUGAAGCCCUUCACAAACAAGACGCUAAAGAAGGCUGCAGUAAGAAGAAGGGACAGCUGUCGCAGGCAGAGAAGGAGCGUCUGCAGAUCCUGGAUGAGAUGAGGAAGAAGACGCCACUCCACACCGACAGCAGCUGGAUUCGACAGCGCAACGCCAGCAUCAACAAAGAGACCAUCACUGUGGGCACAUCAAUCAGGAGAUAUGAAUCUAUGGACAAUCUCCACACAACUAACUCGUGGUCCAGGCAGUCGUACACUUCCGGUUUGUCCAGCAGACCUCAUUCUGCAUUAGGAAGCAGUGGCUCUUACAGAAGUGGACGCAGCAGCCUGGGCCCCGGAUCAGCCAUCUUCUCUACUGGAGUAAAACUGAACUCAAACACAACUACUCCUGAACCGCCGGGCCUCGAGUCCCGUCCAAACUCUCAGCAGCAGGGCAGGCUGGUCAGUGGCAGGCGGAUGUGCUCGAGGUGCGAGCAGCCGCUGGGGAAGGGAGCUGCCAUGGUCAUCGAUUCCCUGGAGCUCUGCUUUCACAUUGGCUGCUUCAAGUGUGUCAGCUGCAGGACUGAGCUUGGUCGAGGGCCUGAAUCCGGAGCUCAGGUCAGAGUCCGACACAGACAGCUCUUCUGUAACACCUGCUACUGCAGAAUCAGAGUCUGUUCCUCAAUCUCCAAGUGACCAGAAUGCAUUGCAACAGAUCGAAGAGGAGGAGCGCACCACAGAAACAGCCACAGGAAUCGCAACUAUUAACACAACCUAACCACUGAGACUGGCUUUCUAUCCACAGCUUCCACAAUCAAUACACUGAGACUGCUAUUUCUGUGAUUGUUCCCAUAGUAUGACCUCUACGUAGUGAAGAGUUCCGACAUGUUUGAUCAUUGCUGAAACCCCUGAGGUUGUUUCUGUACUGACUGACAUCCACAUAGUAAGAUGCAAUACUGAGCGUUUAUGCAUUCCAUGUGGCAAGUAAUAACAUGUCUACUGUCUCUCUAAGAACUGUUUUAUAUGCUGUUUUUCAUGCUGAAAACUAAUUUGUCUAACAUAUACAGUAUGACUUAAACUUCUUCUUCCUUUAAUAUAGGCUUUCCUCAGAAUUAUUUAAUAAAUGUUGUAGCACACUUUGUUUGGUAA